AUGGAGGACUGGCAAGAAGACCCGACCCUCGCGUCCGUGCAGGAGCCUGCGCAGCUGCAGCGGCCCCACUGUGAUCAAUGCCACAUCGCCAUUGCCGACUACGAGUGUCAGCGCUGCAUCCAGCGAUUCUGCAGACAGUGCGAGCUGGUGAUCCACCACCGAUUGGCGGAGAUGGCUAUCAAGCAUGAAGAGAGCAAGAGCGACGGAAGGCCGCACCAGGAGUUCCUCAAAUGGAUCAGCGCUUGCGAGGAAUGUGGUCAAAACACACAGGAAUUCUUCUGUCUGAACUGCAGCAUGUAUCAAUGUGAGAAUUGCUGUGCGGCCAAGCACCGUCAGUUGGAGCCACAUUUCUUUUUCUGUGUCGAAGGGUCGUCGCCAAAGAUGUUCCCAUUCGCAAGCUGGAACUUGGUGUUUGUGGAGAUGGUAAAGAUGUGCAAGGGAGACCUUCAGGACCAAGUUGUUACCGCUGAGGCUUCGAUAGCUCUACCCAGUAACGAGGAGCCAGAAGCGAAGUACAGUACUACCGUAGCAGGCCAUAUUAAACUGGAAAAGGCCACAACUGCCGCCACCGCGGCGGCACUGGGGAACUUGUCAAUUAAUGGAUCCGCUGCGACGCAGAGCCAAGCGAAACAUUCGUCGCGAGUCAACAGCACAUCGAUCCCACAAAUUAAGGAAGAGUUCCGAGUGAAGACUGAAAGCACGUGGCUGGCUUCAGCCACCGCUGCUCAACAGAACCUGGUGCUGGACGUGGACCAACUGAUGGAGAAUGCCAUGGGAGAAGAAGACGACACAAUUUUACGCUCCAUGAUUGGCGAUUAUAAUACGCUCAGUGCCAAGAUCUUCGAGAUCGACCAGGAAACCGACCGCGUCAAGAAGAAAACCAAAGAGCUGACCAAUAUCAAACCGAUUAAUAUGCAGGAGGUGCAAAAAACUCGCGCUGCCACAUUGAAGCUCCGCAAAGACAAGACGGAAGCCGAGAAGGCUCGAGAUGGAGUAGUGGCCAACAUUGUUGUCUAUGUACAGCCUGACCCAGAAGAGAUGACGGCAUUUCUCCAGACAUGCACCGCGGAUGUGCCUACUGCGCAAGCAGCAAUCCACCGGAAGUGUGCCUCGCUAGAAGCGAGUAUCCGGACCAAGUUGGAGGAGCUUCAGAGGACGCGUCAGCAACUGGAGGAGCUGAUUGGACUAAAGAAGGACGCUCUCGCAGAGGUCACUCGUCUUGGAGCUGAAGUUGCACAGGGAGAAGAAGAGAUUCGCAAACUGGACAAGGAACGACAAGACGAGUUCUUGACGCUAUGUCAAUAUAGCAAGACAAUCCAAACUGCUGUCCGGGAAGCAGCAGGAAACAUCUAA